GGCCGCGCCCUCUUUCCCUCUCCAAAAGCGCGGAGGCAACUUUGGGGAAAAGUUUUAGCCGGGCUUUUCGGCCGCGGUCCCUUCGUUCCCCUCCCGGCCCUGAGACCCGUCCCGAGGCUUCAUGCUCUCCCAAUACGGGCACCGCGCCUUGGGCGCUCUGAUGCUCUUGGGCACCGCUUCGGGCUUGGUGGCCGUGCUGGCUUCGAUGCUGCUUUUCCAGAUCCAAGGAGGCGCCGGCAGCGAUCGCGACCUGGCCCAGGGGCUCCGCUAUCUCCUGCGCCCGAUCUCGGCCGGCCUGGCCUCGCUCGGCUUGGUGCUCAGCCUGAGCUGCCUCCUCCUGAGCCUCCUGCACGGCUACUGCGGCGCCGAGCGAUGCGCGGCCUCGGGGGGCGCGCUGGGCAGCGAGAGAGGCGACUGGUUCCUGCUGGAGAGUCGAAAAGUGAGACAUGUAGCUGUUGGUGCAUUUUGCUGCGCUGUUUUAGCCUACCUAGCAGCCCUCUCGAUCUACGUGACAAUGGCAUUUGAGAGGGAAACAGGAAUUACCUGUGCUUGUAUCUUCUCCUCUGGGAUCGUCGUCUUGAUUAUUACGGUGAUCCACGCGCUCGUCCGGGCUUCCAGGCAUAGCCCAGGGGAAUUGUCACACAAUCUUUACGAGAACGACUCGGCCCAGAGCGUCGAAACACCAGCCGUCGUUCCACCUAGCGCUGGUCCAAAGGUGGCCUCCUCACAGUCACGUCUGGAAAUCCACCCGGAGGUUUCAUACCUGUCCUACGUGGAACAGAAGUCCCACCAGACCACCCCAGCGAGCAGCACCAAUGUCACCUCCGUGGACAGCGUUGCACCGACCCUGGAGAAGGAGAGCUGUAGCGUCCCCAGAAUGCACCGGACACUUUCGGCAGAGUCCGGCCUUCUGCUGAGCCACGGGGUGAGGCAGGAAAUGAGGAAAAUCCUGUCACGCAAACCGGCGAGAUCAGGCAAAGAUUCGACCUUGGUGUGAAAUCUCAGAAAGCGGGUUGAUCCUGAUCCCCACAGAGAUCUCUUUCAACCUCCAGAUGAUCCUUGCUUGGAAGGAACACUUAACUAUUGCUUCAUUGUUUCCCACGCUUUCUCAUUCACCCGUAAGAAGUGGGGAAAAACCAUAUUUAGAUUCCUUUAAAAGGAGAUUAGGCUCAGCCCCAUUAGGGUAGAGCAGGCCAGAAAAUCAGCUCCACAAGACCAGAACUAUAUUUUAUUGAGGCAGGCUACGAUAACACAAUCUUCCAAAGCCUGAUUUUGCUGUACAGGUAGUCCUCGACUUGCAACAGUUCAUUUAGUGACCUUUCAAAGUGACAACGGCACCGGAAAAAGUGAGUUAUAUGCAGAGGUGGGAUUCACUUACCUUCCCUACCGGUUCGCAAAUGUGAGCACGAGCGCUCCUUUGCGCAUGCACACAGCCUUGGGUGCACGCUCUUUGCUUGCGCAUUACAUCCAGGCGGGGGGGCGGAGCCUCCUGCAGUCACCACUACCGGUUCGCCCGAACCGGACAGAACCAGCUGAAUCCCACCUCUGCUUAUAUGACCGCUUUUCACACUUGCAACCGUUGCAGCAUCCCCAUGAACACGUGAUCCAAAUUCAGAUGCUUGGCAAUGGACUCGUAUUUAUGAUGGUUGCAGUGUCCCGGGGGUCACGUGACGACUUCUGUGACCUUCUGACAAGCAAAGUCAACGGGGGAAGCCAGAAUCACUUAACAGCUGCAGGGAUUCACUUAAUAACCGGGGUAAGAAAGGUCAUAAAAUGGGUCAAAACUCACGUAACAAGCGUCUCACUUAGCAACAAACAUUUUGAGCUCCAUUGGGGUGGUAUGUCAAGUAUUGCCUAUAUUUCCCCUCCUUGGAUCUGGAAAGCAUUUUUCCUAGGACUUAAAGAACAUUUUUUUACUGCUUUACCUAGGUAAUGAUCCUUGCAUAUUUCUUUUUUUUUCCCUAAAAGAACUUUUUAAUUGUUUCUUUAUCAUAAAGUCCAUAACAAAAUGUGCAGACACCUAUUUUCUGGAGCAAUCCCAGCCACAACAUAAUUUCAAUCAAAAUAGGAUAUUUAACAACAUCUAGCCUUCCAAGUUAAUCAUGACUAUCUUCAACUAUUUUCAGUAAUGUCACAAAAAAAAAUCCUUGCAUAUUUCUAUCAGAGUCAUCUCCCUUAUUCUCAGCAGUUAGAAAAAUUCACAUAUUGCAGAUAGUUUGAGUCUCUUAAGGAGGUCUACAUAGAUCGUCCACAUUCAAAGGCCCAAAGGGAAAGAAUUAAGAAUUAAAAUUAAAAUUAAAUUUAAUUAAUUAAUUAAAUUAAUUAAUUAAAAUUUUAAACCCUGAUGCAGCAGGGAUGAAUCUUAAGGGCUGGUUAAGUGUAAGAAAGGAUAUUCUACUAACCAAUCCCAUAUUUUAAUGCAUGCUGUAAACCAGCAUCAAGACAGACUGCUACUGAAUAGGGAGGCUUCCUUUAAUGAUCCUGUUAUCUCCAAUACAACUCUGUUCUACUAAUAUUAGAUGCCAUCCAUUAUUAGAUACUAUGCUACAUUUAAAUUGUUCGUAGGUGCUACCAUAAAGAGGCAAUUUGUCUGGACUUACACUAGUAAAGGAAGGUUGGUUAUAUAGGUCAGGGGUCCCCAACAGUGCCGGGCCGUAACCCACUCAGAAGUGCUGAAUUGGUGGUUGAGCGUGCAUGCAUGAAGCUGCAUUUGUGAAAGCGGGAACCGCAAAACCAUGUCCUCUCCCCCACCCUGCUGCUGCCUCUGCUGGUGCAUCGAGCUGGAAAGGUUGGAGACUGCUGGUAUAGGUAGUCCUCGAUUUAUGACUGUAAUUGAGCCCAGGAUUACGGUUGUAAAUUGAGGCAUUACAUGGCUCAACGUUUUUGUAGUGCUGUUAAGCAAAUCCAUUUUAACCCAAGGGAUUUCUUUUUUUUUUGUCAGAAACUGAAAGUCCUGGAAAGCAGCAAAAUUUGUAAAAUAACAAAUUAUGAUCAUGUGAACAUGGGUUGCUGCAAAAGGUGAACUGGUUGCUAAGUGUACAAAAUACAAUCACAUCACCACAGGGGUUUAUAAGUGUCCUAAUUUCAAAACCAGGUUACAAGAAGUUUCGGGGAGUCCGUUGUAGCUUUGAAUUUGAAGGACUCUAACUGAAUUGAAGGCUAGAUCAGCGCUGCUGGCUGGGGGAUUCUGGGAGUUGAAGUCCACCCAUCUUCAAGCUACCAAGGUUGAGAAACACUGGGCUAGAUAAACUUUGUGAUUACAGUGAAGAUGGUACUCCAACAUCUAAUCAUUUUGUGAAUCCUUUCCUGUGUCGUACCGAAAGCUGUAGCGAUUAGGAUUCAGGAGAGCCAAUGUCUGUAACACAAACCUCACCUCAAGUCAUGAAUUACACAUCUUUAGUGAUUUAGUCCAGGGGUCUCCAACCUUGGCAAUGUUUAAGACUUGUGGACUUCAACUCCCAGAAUUCCUCAGCCAGCAAAGUUGAAGUCCACAAGUCUUAAAAGUUGCCAAGGUUGGAGACCUCUGAUUUAGUCAGAACCAUUUCCAUACAUUCACAUAAGCAAAAAAAUAAUAAUAGAAUGUAGGCAUGUCCAAGGAGAAACACGGGCCGGCAUACACAAAGGACGCGCAGAAUUUCAAACAGAAUUUUCCACUUUCAGUACAAGAAGAGAGAAAAUGCACAUCUCUCCAGCCUCUUAAUAAUGGCUGAAAAGCACUGCCUGGACUUACCCUGCAAAAUUCCUGAGGGUAAAAUAAUCAGCAGAAUAUUUUGAAAAACUUUCCCUAACCCUAAAAAACCCCCAGCGAGUACACGGUAUUAAAUAAUGACUAAAUAUGAAACUUAGCUCAAAUUCCUCGUGCUGUUGCUGAAAAAAUACAUGAUCCCAUAAUUCCAAAUUCAGGGUAAGAGCUGAAGGGUGGGUAGGGAGUUGUCAUGAGUAUUUUGGACGUUCCCCCCUUAGAUUUGGGGGAGGAUAUUUUUCCUUUUAAUUACAUUCAGGGAUUCCUACAUUUUUGCUUUGUUGUGAUCUCCACUUCAAAAGGGAUCUCUGAUUUUCAUCUCUUGAGGUUGGAGGGGGCUCUGGAGACCAUGAAAAGUUGAUGGAGGGCAGGAUGAAGGCAUUGAUGCAGUCCUUGGGUAGCUGGGCUCUGACCAGAGACACAUAUGACGUCUCGCCAACUCUCUCCCUUCAUACAGAACCAGUAAUCCAUUGGAUUCAGCGAGGGAAGAGUUGUAUGUAAAACAGAACGUCUUUGAGCAUGCUAAGGAUCAAAAUCAAACUUGGGAUGUUGUUGGUCCCUGCAGCACAAGUGACUAGCUGCAUUCCUAGUUAACAUCUUUACCGUUCUGAAAUCUCUCUCUCUCUCUCUAUAUAUAUAUAUAUAAAAGCCAAAUACCACUCACUCAUCACAAAAUCUCCAGAACUGUAAAGCCUACAAACUUGAAAUUUGGCAUGUAUGUUCCUCUUGGCUUCUAGGUGCUCACUAAGAAAGGAUUUUUCAAAAUGACCAUCAGUUCAUUAGUAUUUCAUAUACAGUAUUAUAUUCACACGCUCUGAUGCUAAGGAGCUAGACAUUCUACUCCCCCUCCCCACCUGAAAAGAACUCUGUUCCAACUGCCAGUUGCCUUAUAUUUAACAUGCUCUGAGGCUACGGAGUUACACAUUCUACAUUAAGUUUCAGGCUUUAAGUGUCAAUUUAUCAUGCUCGAUCACAGUUUCGUAGCAAAGCUUGGGCGUCCAGUUAAUCUAUUAUAUGUAUUUAUCUGUCAGGAAAUUUAAGCCUUCUAAAUAAUUGAGCUUGAACUGGGAGGGUUGAAUUAGAUAGCCUGGUUAUAAAACAGUGGAAGCAUUCAAGGGUUUAUCUCUCUUAACCUUCCUUGUGUAGGGCGGGGUAGGUAGGGGGGUCAUCUUAAAUCUAAAGAUUGCCUGCAGGAGAUGGCAAAAUCUACCUUGACUGUGAGAACAGAAGGAAAAGCACUUGGGAUAUCUUGAAAAGGGAAGGAGAGGAGAAGAUGGAGCAGGUAGAACUGGGAGAAGAAUGGGCAGCCAGUAAGAAGGGACAACACUUGUUUUGCCAGUAGAAGAGGUCCUGGGUUCAAAAUCUGAGAUUUUCCAAAUAGAGCUGGUACAUCUGAGGCUCAGGAGAGGUAUGAUCAACUUGCCAUCCAUCAUGAGCUACAUAGACCAACAGUUUGGCUUGAUAUACUGGGAUUCCAUGUAUUCUCUCCCCGCCCACUUCCUCCACCCAAGCCAAUCCUGUCUCACCCCAGUUCUAGUACAAGCACAUGACACAACAAGAUCUUGCCUGCAGUGUUUCUUCCUUAGAAACUAAGUAUUGCUAACAUAUGUUUUAAUUAACAGUAAUUACUGAUGUUAAAAAAAUGAUUAAACCUGGAGACUGGUU